AUGCAGAACUGUUUGUGCGAUGAUCUCAAGGAAGUGGCUUCUCCAACGUCUUGCAGCCCUCGAGUCGAAUUUGACAUCCGAGACCAUCUCCAGGUAUGCAUGGGAGAUGAAACUACACUCCAAUUCAGGAAAGCUGAAGAUGAGUACCUUAGGAAGUUCUACAAAGAGGCUGGGAAAAUUCAUUAUUCUCUCCCAUCGGGUUAUAAUCUCAAAUACAAAGACCUCAAAUACCUGCUCACAGAGUCACAGAAAGACCUUGAUAAUGGUGAAGGGGCUCAUGUAGAACUUUCAAAGCAAACACCUGAUCAUGCAGCUAAGGCAUUAGUAUUCCAUCGAAUGAAAGAUAUAUGUGGUUGCGCUCCAUCUUUGGUGAUAGCUGACUUCAAAUUUUGUGAGACAUUCAACAUCGAUGAAACCUAUCAUCGGGCACUUGAUAAGAGAGAGAAUGAAUCGCUCAGCAAAGAACGCCCCUUUCCGACGUUGAAGAAUGGUUCUCACUGCACUUUCUUAUCUUACCCCACCAGGGACAGAGUUUACAAUAUUUUCUUUCAGGUAGUAGAAAAGUGCUUGGAACGACAUCAUCCAGAAACAGUUAGAGAAAGUAUUGACUCGGCUGUCAGCCAAUGUCGUAGGGAUGAAGAAGUGUUCAAAACAAUGUGUGGGCCUUUCCUGGACUCAGUCGCAAUAGUGGCUGCCUUUCCAUCUUUACCCUUCAUGGAAAGAGGAGAUUUGAGUGAAUUCCUUAAUUGUGGCGCGUGUCCGCGGAAGAUAAUGACAAGAGAUGAUCUCCACACGCCAGACACUCUCAGAGAUUUCCUCAAAAGGAAUGGGGUGACUGAACUGCCUGCAAGAAGUGAAACGUUUUCUCCAACAGAUAAUUUGUUCUAUAAAAUCUUUUCCCUGUACGUCUGUGCUUCAUCUUCUGUUCGCAUGCCACGGACGGAAUUGGAGCACACAAUGAAAGCUGACGCCCACCUGAGUGAGACAUUAUUCAUUUUGACUCCAGAUCAAAAAGAACUCAUAGAGGACAACUAUGAGAAUGAGGAAAAGCCUUCAUGGCUUCUCCCCAUUACUGGGGGGUCAGGUACUGGAAAGACCCUUGUUCUGAAAGAGAGAGCGAAGAGACUUGCGAAGAAAGACCCUAAAGAAGAAGUAAUAAUAAUAAAUCUUCCAGGUGGACUCCUCACAGAAGACUUCCGGCGUGACCUUCGAGGACUGGAUAAUGUUCGCAUAUGGGAUGGAAAGGAGAAGGGGAUAUUAGAAAGCCUUGAGGACAUCGUGCACUUCCUUCUGAAGCAAGAAAGAGGAAAGCAUGUGUUGCUUGACGAAGUUCCUCUCACUUUAGGGAUCAAAGAUCGGUUAGAUGAAGCAAGUCUGUCCGCGCACUGGGCUAAGAUCGAGAAGCUAAAAGGUCAUAUUAAAAGUCUUACCCUUGCAUUCCGUCCGAAUGAUGCGAGGAACACUGAGGAAGAGAUUGAACGGUGGACCAAGGUCCUAGAUUAUUUAAAAGAUACUGACCAAAAGCUUACCCUCACCAUCGCCUUCCAGUCCCACUCAAGAGGCGGUCGAGGGAUAUCCCUGGAGGAAUUGGGAUCAUUUUUCGAGAGACAUGGAGUCCAAGUAGUGAAACUCCCGGAAUGUAGCCCCCAUUCAAAAUGCUCCAGCAACUCGCUUAUCUCUCAUAUCUGUAGCAAUGAGACUCACACACCAUUGCGACUGGAUGCCAAAUGCCUCCCCACAGCGUCCCGUCCAGGGGCUUACGUUCAUGGCGCAUUCAUAUGCUUCCGAUUCGCCAUGGAACAAGACAUUGGAGUAAAUCCCAUCCACGUGCUGGCGUCAGAUGAGAAGCUGCUUCUCUUUCUGGAGUCAUUAAACGAAAAAAAUGCAAAGAAACUUAUGGUUAUUCACCCCAAAGACUUUCGUGGGUGUGAGUCUAGUGUUUCUAUAACAGUAAACGUGGAAGAUUCCUGGCUUCUGGAGAGCAUGUCCAGAGCUCGGACGAUGCUUUUCAUCAUUGAUUGCUUACCGGAUCAUCAGCAAGUUUGGCGCACAAUGCGAGAGGAGGGACGCAUAGAGGAAGUGGACACAGGUGAUUAUUGGAGCUCCCGUACUAAAUACGGAAGCAUACCCUGCCAAGACCCGCCAACACCUCCUUUGAACCUUUGA